GCAAGGGGUGAACGGGGAGCCCUGAUUGCGUUGCGGGCGGUGUGCCGCGCUCGGCCGCCUCGAGCCCCCGGUGCGAGCCGCUCAGGGCGGGCGGAUGGAGCGCGGAUAGGGGUUGUUUGAAAAUUCCCUGCAGUUUUGGAAGUUUCCCCAAUUUUUGAACCCAGCUGAAUCAGCAGCAUGCUUGCUCCAGCCUCUGACCCGUGGAGCUGCAUCCCAGAGGAAAUCCUCAUCCAAAUUUUCUAUUACCUUUCUCUUCGAGAUAGAUACACAGCCUUCCAGGUGUGCAAGCAGUGGGCUGGGGCUGUUUCUUCCAGCUCCGUUUGGCAUUUCACGGAGAUCAGCUGUGAUUCAGAGGAUGAGGAGGGCAUGCUGCAGAGCCUGUGCCAGUUCCUCAGCCAAAUCAAACACCUGAAGAUUAGAUUUGACCAAUCCAAAGAGGUCAACCGCAGGAACGUGACGCGCAUCUUGGAUGUGCUGGCAAAGCAGAACCACAAGCUGCAGCAGCUGUGCAUUGCGUGCCAUGGGGAGAACCCCUAUUUCUACUCUGGCCAGGACAUCCUGCAGAGCAUACGGAAUAUGUGCAACACUAACACCCAGAUAGAUCUUCAGCAUGUUGAUUUUCGAAAUAUGCCCUUUACUCUUGAUGGGGAGCUUGUUGAACUCCUAGCUGCCACCAACCCAAACUUGCAAAGUUUGUUCAUCAACAACCGUACCCUGGUGUGCAAUGUGGCACCGAACACCAUUAGGAAAGUUCUCAGUGUGUGUCCCAAACUCUCAGCCUUGGGAGUCUACUAUGCCAGCCUGUCCAAUGAUGUAUUUCUGGAGCUGCUCAAGCCAGAAAGAGCAGCUUUCAUCCACUUAGACAUUUUCUGUGAGCGCCUGGACAAAUAUAUACCAGUCAUCUCAGAAGAGCUGUGGGCUGCUGUCAGGCAAAAACAUCCUCGACUCUGUGUAGACCUUGAAUUCGAUCAUACGGUCCCUGGCUGCACGAUACCACGGAUCCUAAAGCAGAACAUACCUGUGAGCACACUGCAACUGAACACCUACAAUUACAUGGUAGAUCAGAUCAGGUUUGUCACCCAGAGCUACAGCAGUACUCUGAAGAAGCUGACGCUCCAAACCACAUCCUCGGAGGACUUGAAUUCCUCGCUAGUAGAGCUGGCGAGGCACUGCCAGAAGCUGAUGGAGAUCCACUGCUACUGCAUGGUCAGCAAGGAGGUGGUGGAAGCGUUCCUCACGCACUGCCCCUGCCUGAAGCAAUACACUCUCAAGGUCACCAAGGAACGGCACCCCUGGAAACCAGUGGCAGUUCGGUGACCGGAUCACCUGUUCAGCAGAUGAAGCAUUUGUUCUCAAAUGUGAUUGGUCAAUGGCCAUACAAAGAAAUUGAAUUAGAUAUUUCUAAAUUUUUUUUAAUGGAAUGGGGAGGACAAGUCUUUUCUUUGUGUUCUCUAUUUAGCAAUAGUGGGAAUGCCGUGUUCACCCUUUGUGAAGUUUUACAGGAAAUCACAGUGAAAUUUAAUUUUUAUGUUAUGUUUUAAGCAUAUCUCAAAGUCAAGCACACUGUGUCAGGCACCCAGCAACUAUUUAGGCAGACACUUAAGGAAGCGACAGCUUCAGUGCAGGUGUUCUGUGUCUGUUGGGGUCCUUAGCCACAUGGGUUCACCUAUAGUGACAGGCAGUGGUCAUCUGAUGUAAAAUGCCCUCCAAACUUGAUAUUUCUCUUCUGGCAAUUUCUGUGAUGAUGAGCUCUCCUGGUAUCCAGCUAUCAGGUAACCUCCACUUUGUAAUGGUUUAAACAGGAGCUGAGUUAUGUUAGAAAAUGUAAGCAGGACGAAAAGCACUUAAGAAAGAGCACUGUUAAGGUCAGAAGAAAGACACAUAGCCUGCAAGUAUCCUUCUCUGUCCUUUCUUUCUCAGAAAUGCACAUUUUCAGGUAUUUGAAUGCCUUUGGCAAAGACCUAUGCUUUCACUGCAUUGUUAAUGUUUCUUAGGAGAAUCAACAGUGUUUACAGUUUUUCCUGUCUCAGUCAGCAGCAAAUGGCAAAGGUAUCUGCCUCUGAGUUAGGAUGAGCGUGUUGUGUGGUUGUGCCAAGGAUUCUGAUGAGCUGUGAUUUCAAGAGUAGAUUCGGAUUUUAAAUGGUCCUGGCAUAAAGCUCCCUUUGCAAGCAAAUAUUUAGAGCAAUCUAAAGGAUUUUGAGUGAUAACAAUAAAGCAUGUUUUCUCACAGUUACACAUGUAGCUGUUUUCAUCCGCCACUUUUGUCAGCCAAGAGCCAGACCAGCUCUUCUGGUGGAUGAGACCCAUAGCCAAGCCAACUUACAGUUCUGCCUUUUCAAACCCUUGAUGAAGACGUGCAGCUCUGGGCUCUUGGCCAGGCUGCGCUCACCUCCACCGGCCAGCUUUGGGGCAAGAGAAUUCCAAAAUAAAACUACGUGAGCGCUCAGACAGAGGCGGUGGCAGCGCUGGGGCGUCCCGCAGGCUCCCAGCGGGUGGAUUCAGCCUGCAGCCUUGCUGACCUCCCGGUGCAAGGUGCACAGCACGUGUUCCCUCUGCAUGACGCUGCGUAUUUAUUCACAGCUCUGCGAGAUCGGCUGCGGUGCAUUUUCAUUCUGUGUAUUGUUCUCUGGGGCUGGUGAUGCCAUUGCAUUGUGCUGAGUUUUUACGAGGGAGAGCGGCACUGCUGAUGUGACUCCCAGGAGCCUACUUUCUACUGGCCCAGGAUAAAAUUCAGUGGUUCAUUCUCUGUCGGACACACGCACGUGCAGGGAGGCUGGUGCACUGACAGCGAUGGGGUCGGUGUAG